AUGGUGAGGCAUCCAAUCACUGAGUCUGCAAAAACCUCAUCAUCAACAGCAGCCGACGAUACUAUACCAGUGGAAUCAUCACCGCAAAUGGACAUGUCAUCACCUUUGAGGGCUACUCAACAUAACGGGUUAUCUAUACACCAAGACAGAGUGCUUACUAAUGAAUUACAAAGAAUGCAUGAGUUUAAUAUUGACAGAACCAACACUUUCGACCCCGCAUUUUACGAAUUUGGCCACAACCUGCUACUAUAUCAGCUAACAAGGCUUGAGAAUACAGCAAGUCUACCUUGUGCUCCACCUGUUCAUGUUCAUGGCGGUUUCAACAGACGACCAAGUAGUGACACACUGCGUUAUCAUAAAUACGAUUUUGGUUCGGGCACGCCCCAGCUGCACUCAGAUGAACAACAUUUACUACAAGCACAGCAAGCAGUUCAGCAGCAAAUCAAUACAGGGCAAAAUGAGUUGCCACACCACCCGUAUUCAAAUUAUGCAUCGAUUAGACAAUCGCAUUUUCAAAUACCCGUAGGUGAAAACUCAAUACCUCAAACAAACUCCACCGUUUCGUUGAACAAUUUGGAAAGAGAUAACAGCAUUCCAAAUACUACAACCCAGGCCAGUUUCUACCAAGCUAAUGACACUGGAAGUUUUUACGGUGAUGAUACCAGUGACCAAAUACCACACUCAGUGAACGAGUCAACAACAACGUUUUUGAACAUUCUCGAUCCUAGUCAAUCAACAGAUGCUAUCAAUGAAACAAUACCUGGUGAAUUCCAUGUCUACAAUGAGUACGAUGUAUCCAACGCUUCUACAGACUCACUUCUCAACUUCAAUCGAACACCUGCUCGUGCUCGUCUGUACCAACACCCUAGUGUUAAUAGAGACUUGUCACAUUUGCAAUUCUUCGAUGUAGUAGCUCAACGUCGAUUCCAAAGUGUGAAUCACCCACCGGUCAACCAAGUUAGCCAUUCGUUGGAAACCGAGUCGUAUAUGACACCCCACAAUCUACUGACUUUGGCGACUCAAGAUACAAAUAUGGACCAUUCACUCACACCAACAUUUUCUGACGUUUCAAGCUUCACCUCUAGUGCUUCGCUCCAUCACCCAACUACUACAAAUAGCUCCUCCUUGGGCACAUUUGACCCUAGUAUUUCCAUUGACUCGGUGCCUCCGGCAAUCAACAAGACACCAGCUCGUACAUUGAACAGCCCCUUAGCCAGUGCCAUGAUUGGCUUAUCUUCAACUACAAACCACAGAAUUUCCAAAAAACCGUCCUUGUGUAGAUUGAAAACAACAUCCAGAAAGAAUUUGAACAAGAUUUCAGGUGCUGUCGCAUCAUUGGAGACUAACGCAGCAAUCGCGUCAACAAGAUCGUCUCCUUCGACUGCUUCCAUGGGAUUAGAUCCCACAAAGCCAGAUACAUCAAUUUUUCAAAGUCAACAACAUCUGCAAGCGGAUACACCAACCUCAUUAGAGUCAUUUCCUUAUUUAAGACCACAGUCGCAACCACAACCUCAACUACAACCUCAACUACAACCACAAUUACACACAUUAAGAACUUUUUCUAACGCUUCACCAAGUUCUAUGGCCGUUGCUUCAACUGGUCGUCCGAGCGUUUUGGCAACUCCAACUAGUGCUAGUAGUGGCCCUAAAGGUGCCAAUGUGUUUCGUCAAGACCUUGAAGCUACAAAUGCAACUUCAAUGUUAUCACCAGGGGCACCUUUACUGCCAGCGGCAGAUUUGUUACAGCGACAAGAUCUUUGGAAGAAAAACUAUAGUUUGGGUCAUGAAAGGGAAGCUGGUAGAGUUUCAGUCUCCAAGAGGAAAAUACAGAAAAAAAAGAGUCUGAAACUUAUUAAUGAUUCUACAGCGGAUGAUACUGUUGAGGUUCUAGAUCCAAAAGCGAAAUCAAUUAACAAAAGGGAACUAGUAUCGUUGCGAAAUAGCGUGAUGGGUUUCAACCCUGAUUUCAAUACCGAUAAUGACGACGUUUCUGAAAGUGACAACAUUGAUGAUUCUUUCAAUUCCAAGAUUGGAAAAGAAAAAUUGCGACCAUCACAAAGCAAAUCAAGCAAACUCAGAAAGUCGAAAUCGACUCCGUUAUUGCCAAGUACUACCAGCGACUUGCUCGCCAACAAAGACCAACCGAUGAUGAAGAAAAAAUAUACUAGAAGAAGAUUACUACCUAGGUCAAAAAAAGGUUGUUGGAUUUGUCGUAUCAAGCACUUGAAAUGUGACGAAGUUAGACCAAGUUGUGGAGCUUGUAUUAGAUUUGGAUUGAUUUGUGACUAUAAUCCCGAUAAGCCAGAUUAUGUUACUGAUAAAGAGUUGAGACAGAAAAAAUUGAGCGAGAUCUCAGUAACCAGGAAGCAGAAUCAAGCUUUGGAGAAGAGGCCUAGCAAGAAAGAAAGUACAAAGAAAAAGUGA